AAGAAUGCGAGCCUGCGGCGGCAGAUGCGAUUGCUUAUUGAGAGAGACUCAUGGACUACCUUGCGGUUGUCAACUUGCAGAUUAUGAGAGGAUUCCGUACGAGGCCAUUCAUCCAUUCUGGAAGAGCCUAAGUUGGGAGCAUGUACCUGUUGCAGAUACUGGCAGCUCAGAUAUUUGCGGACUAAACCAUGGAGAGAUGCACCCAGAAGUUGAGGCACUGACACGUUAUUUCCAUUCUUUGGAUACUGGAGGGCAGAGUAUGGUAAGGAGGAAGCUUCAAGCGAUAUAUUGUCCUGAAAGGAGUACACUAUGUACUCCUGAGCUUCGGAUAAAGUCCAACCGCACUCCUAAGUUGAAAGAGAGCAAACAACCCAAGGAUUGA